AUGAGUAACAGUAGCUGGGUUUUGUCGCCUGUGCUGCCCCUCACGAGCUUUGGCAAUGUGUUGAUGUUUCUUUUCAACAUUGUCUUGGCGGCGAGCAUCCUUUUCCUCAAUGUGUCUGUGUCUUUGUCCAUCAUGCUAAACGGAGCACUGCGUAACGAGAACCGCUUCAUGUACAUGCUGAGCACGUGCUUCAGCGACAUCUGCACUGGUGUUUCUUAUUAUUAUGUGGGUGUUCUGGAUGUAAAAGAUACAUUUAACUCCCCUACGGGAACCUUGUACAUUGUGCCCACAUUUCUCGGCCUGUCUUAUAUGGCGAUCCUGGCCGCGCAGGCAGACAGAUACCACGCGGUGACGGUACCUUUUAAAUACUCCCAGCGCAUGACCAGAAACAGAACCCUGCUAGUCAUCUGCUCAUACUGGGUCUAUGCGUUUUUGAUCGUGGCUGCGAACAACCUGGUCACGGUCACGGUGGCCAAGAGGUUGACGAGCAUUGGCACAUUUGUGGCGAACAUAUUCACAGUGAUCAUAAUGAUAGGGCUGAAUAUCAGACUGUUCAUCAUAGCCAGGUUUCAGUUGGAGAGAGAACCACCUUCUGACGAAAGAGACAACAAGCGCUCCUCGGUGUAUCUUAUCUUGGUGGUGGCUGCGUUUUUCUUAUCUGCUUGGCUCCCCAUAUUCCUUCAUAUCACGGCCUGUAAUUUCAUUGGUUCCAUAUGUUAUACUUUUAAGAAUGAAGGCACUGACCCUCUACGCCUUUUGCCCCGAGUUAACGCGUGCCUGACUCCCAUCCUGUACAUAAGAGGAUGCACUGCGAUCAGAACCACGCUGCUGUCUAAGGUGUGGAAACCCUGCUGCAGGACGAGGUAA